AUGUCAUCGUUUUGGAAGAUUUUUAUGAUCAGCGUUUCUCUCGCUUCCAUUUGGUUUGAUCGUUGUGACUGUGCAUCAUACAAUUAUUUUGGCGUCCGAGAUGUGACCGACUCAGAUGUUGGGCGGGCACUGUCGGAAUCCAACAGUCGAAAAACUAUUGUUCGACAAGUUUCAGAAACUAAACCACCUGUUAAUAAAUCGACUCGCGGCCUCUAUUACCCGGACGACAUGUUUUUCACUAAUUGGGUGCCGUAUGAACCCACUGCUGACAAUUGUUCUAGAAAACAGUCGCCAGUGACGAAACCGUCGUGUUCCACCUCAAAGUCUACUUUGCAAAAAAAAAAUAAUGAGAUAUCAACUAAGUACCAGACAACUGUCGGUCAGCAAAAAUCCUCGUUUGCUGUGAAAAGUUCGACGAGCAGCCCACAAAUAUCUACCUUAGCCGGACAAAAAACGUCCAAAGACCUACGAAAUUCAAAGAUUAACUUGUCAAGUUCUUCGAGUCAUCAACAAAAGUCCACGUUUGACGUGAAAAGUUCGACGAUUCGCCAACGAAUAUCCACGUUAACCGGGCAAAGAUCGUCUAAAGGCCGACGAAAUUCAAAGUUGGCCCUGCCAAGUUCCUCUAAUGGACAACAAAAGUCCACGUCAGACUUGAAAAGAUCGACCACGGAUAAACAAAAUCCUUCCUCGAGUCAACUACCGAUGUCUACGUCCAUAUUAACGAAAACGAAUUUGAGAAUCCAAGAACAAAAGAGUACGGUUAUAAUGCUAUGUUCACCGAGUGGCCAACGAAAGUCCUCGGUGCAAAGUUCAUCUCCUAGAGACCAACGGAGAAUAACGGUUGACGUGGAAACUGCAACUAGUGGCCCAAAAAGCUAUAGAUUAAGUACCAAAAGAUUUCCCAGUGCCCAGCGGAUGUCUACAGAUCAGAGUGCUUCGAGCCAUCAACGGAAGUUGAAAACGACAACUAAAGAUACUACACUUGACCUAGAAUACUUUACAUACGAUGAAGAUAUGCGUUGA